AUGGAGCUCGACGAAAAGCCAAGCACGAGUGUCUAUGACACACUCAGCCUCAUCUUUGACUUCCCCAACGACGACCAGAAGCUUUGGUGGCACAGCACGGCUCCCAUGUUCGAAGCUAUUCUCCAGACCGCCGGACACGGCAUCAACGCCCAGUACCGACACUUGGGCAUAUACAAGAAGCACGUCAUUCCCUUUCUGGGCGUCUACCCCAGAAACGACAAGAAGCGGUGGCUAAGCAUCUUGACACGAUACGGGAUUCCGUUUGAGCUCAGCUUGAACUGUUCCAACUCUGUCGUCCGAUAUACAUAUGAGCCCAUCAACGCGGCAAGCGGCACCCGAGGGGAUCCGUACAACACGCUGGCAAUAUGGGAGAGCUUGCAAAAGCUCGUCCAGAUCCAAGCAGGUGUAGACCUCGAAUGGCUCAAGUACUUCAAGCGAGAACUCACUCUUGACGUGCUCGAGUCUGCAUUUUUGCUCGACAACGGCCUCGCGAGGGACGGUAUCAAAACGCAAAACAAGCUGGCCCUGGACCUAAAAGGAAACCAAUUCGCCCUCAAAGUAUACAUAUACCCGGCGUUGAAGUCCCUGGCGACGGGCAAAUCGAUGCACGAGCUCAUUUUUGGCUCCGUCCACAAGCUGUCCCUACAAUACAGCAGCAUCCGCGCAGCGUUUGAACGGCUAGAGGGCUACGUCGUGUCACGAAACAGCCGUGGCGGCACCGGUGAGGGUGGUGUUUUGCAGCCGCGCCUCCUCUCCUGCGACCUGAUCGACGCCGCUAAAUCUCGUAUAAAGAUCUACCUCCUGGAGCGGAUGGUGUCUCUGUCCGCCAUGGAAGACCUGUGGACAUUAGGCGGUCAACUUGCGGACCAGUCGACGAUGGAUGGACUCGCCCUCAUCCGUGAGCUCUGGCAGCUGCUUCGAAUUUCUCCGGGUCUACGGAGCUAUCCGAAGCCAUACUUGCCGUUGGGGCAGAUGCCGGACGAGCAGCUCCCAUCCAUGGUCAACUACACACUUCACCACGACGACCCGACGCCCGAACCACAGGUCUAUUUUACCGUGUUUGGCAUGAGAGACGUGGACGUGACGGACGCCCUGACUGCCUUUUUCGAAAGGCGCGGCUGGACUGAAAUGGCGAGGAAGUACAAGGCUUUCCUGCACAGAUCGUUGUAA